GCAGCACAUUGGGAAUAACUGACAUCUUGACUAUAUUGAAUCUUCCUGUGGAUAAAAUGAGAGUUCCUGUGGCCAGGAUUCUCACCUGGCCCUGGUUGACUAGCUCACUGCACACCUGUGAGCGAUACACGGCUGCUGACUCUAUAUAAAGAGCUCCUCCCAGUGCUCUGGGCACGAUAUGAUAGCAGGGCUGCAAGGCUGCAGGAGAGCAGAGCAGAGGACAGAGGCCCAGAGGAUGGCUGUGCAGAACAACUGUGCAGACAGAGGGGCCCAGAGGCAGAGACUGGCUUGCUGCAUGCAGACGUGCUCUGAGUGAUGGGGAUUUUAGUGACUGACCUGCCACCUGGAAAUAAAGUUGGGUAUAACCCUUUCACCCCAAGAAUGUUUUGCUGUCAGUUUCUUUGGUCACAUUGAAUCCAUAGUGAACUUGCCCGGGGCUGAAACUCAUUGGCAAGACACUUCCUGUCCACAAACAUGGACUAUUUAUCCAUUUAUUUAGUUCUUUGAUUUUUUUAAAUGAGAGUUUUGUAGUGUUCUUCUUAUAUGUGUUAUUUAUCUAUUUUGUUAGGUGGAAAUUUCUUUUAAUCCAUUCUGGCAAUCUUUCUUCAUGUGGAUUCAAGUUACCCUUUGGUGUCCUUUAUUUCAGCCUGAAGGACUUUAUUUAUUGUUUUUUGUAGGGCAAGUCUGCUUGCAAAAAUUCUCUUUUUUUUUUUUAACCUGGAGAUGUCUUAAUUUUUCCUUCAUUUUUAGAAGGAGUUUAGCUGGAUAGAGAAUUAUUGGUUGACCAAUUGUUUCUUUCAACACUUUGAAGAUGGUCAUCGCACUGUCCUCCGUCUUUUCUGAUGAGACACAACCAUCUGUUCUGCAGGGGAGAUGUGUACCUCACCUGCACUACCUUCUUCGUGGUCACAUUCUCAACUGUAGCUUCUUUAUCUCAGGUUUAGUUGCCCUUUUAUCUCUUUCUGAUUUCUUUCUUCAGAAGCUUACUGGGGUAACUAGUCCAUUAUUAACCUCCUCUUGCUCCUUGCUCUUUGUGCUUAUUCUUCUUAAAAUCAUUUUUCCCAGGGUCUUAGGAAGAAGGGAAAGCUAGUAUAUGAACUCAGUCCACUACUUAAAACAUACAGCCUGUGUAUCUUGCUGUAGAAGGCUGGCUGUAAGCCUGUGAAGUCCUAGGAGCCACACAUCUGCCUAUGCUUUAAGUCACGAAGGCUUGUCAUCCAAGUACUUGAAAUAUGUUUCACAGAAUAGUUUUUUCUUAGAGAAAUAAGAAAUAACUCAGUGUGGAUAAAAUGAGAGUUCCUGUGGCCAGGAUUCUCACCUGUCCCUGGAUGACUAGCUCACUGCACUCCUGUGGGCAAUACACGGCUGUUGACUCUAUAAAAAGAGCUCCACCCAAGUGCUCUGGGCGCAACAUGGUGGCAGGGCUGCAAGGCGGCAGGAGAGCAGAGCAGAGGCUGGAGUGGUGGCAGCACCGAGGACAGAGGCCCAGAGGACGGCUGUGUGGGACAACUGUGCAGAGAGGCCCAGAGGACGGCUGUGUGGAAAGAGGGGCCCAGAGGCAGAGACUGGGUUGCUGCCUGUAGACUUGCUCUGAGUGAAUGGGAUUCUAGUGACUGACCUGCCACCUGGAAAUAUAGUUGGGUAUAACCCUUUCACCCCAAAGAACAUUUUGCUAUCAAUUUCUUUGGUCACACUGAAUCCAUAGUGAAUUUGCCCAGGGCUGAAACCCAUUGGAAGGACAAUUGGCAUACUCAGCAGGAUUCGCUGUUGACCAAGGAAAAAGACACUCUGCCCCUAUGGGAAGGAUGCUUCAGCAGGCUGCCCCUGUGAGUGGGGAGACAGUAGAUUGUCCCCCAGUGGGUAUGUGGUCUGAGGUGGCUUGCCUCCUAGAGGACUGGGCCCCACCCCAGGACUGGAGGCAAGAGGAGGUGACACCUGAGGCAGUAAGGGUGGCUCUUGGUAGAGUGAGCGGAUCCUUUGAGAAGCAGAGUGCCCAGGAGGCUGCGCUGCAGGGACUGUGGGUUGGCUGCUUCUCACAGUAUUAAAAAGGUCUACAGAGGAGACCCAAGAAAUGGCGGCACAAGAACGCGAGCUGCAAACCUCUGUGGAUUCCCUGAGGAAGGAGAUAGCCUUGAUGCGGGAGGAGCAGCACAAGAGUGCUGGCAGCAAGGUGCCACUGGAGACGAGACAGCAGCGCUGCCAGGUGUUCUGAAGGAGGAGGAGGCCAUCAAGGAAAAGGACGAGCUCCUGAGGGAAGCACAGGCAGAGGUGGCACGAGAACGUCAGCUGUGAAGCAUUGAGGUGAAGACUACCAUGGCUGCAGGAGUCUUGCCUCAAAAUGAACAACCAUAUUCCAUUUUGGUGAAUAACAGUGCAUGUGCUGCAAACAUGAAAGGAAAUUUGGAACGUCCAACACCAAAGUAUACGAAAGUCGGAGAGCGUUUACGGCAUGUCAUUCCUGGACACGUGGCCUGCUCCAUGGCAUGUGGUGGCAGAGCAUGCAAAUAUGAAAACCCAGCCCGUUGGAGCGAACAAGAGCAAGCCAUCAAAGGGGUCUACUCAUCCUGGGUAACUGACAACAUCCUGGCCAUGGCUCGCCCAUCCACCGAGCUCCUCCAGAAGUACUGUGUCAUCGAGCAGUUCCAAAGCCAUGGCAUAAAAACAGUCAUCAACCUGCAGUGCCCUGGGGAGCAUGCCAGCUGUGGUAACCCUCUGGAACAGGAGAGUGGCUUUACGUACCUGCCUGAAGCUUUCAUGGAAGCUGGCAUCUAUUUCUACAAUUUCGGAUGGAAGGAUUAUGGGGUAGCAUCUCUUACUACCCUCUUAGAUAUGGUGAAGGUGAUGACAUUUGCCUUACAAGAAGGAAAAGUGGCUAUCCAUUGUCACGCAGGCCUUGGUCGGACAGGUGUUUUAAUAGCAUGUUACUUAGUUUUUGCAACAAGAAUGACUGCUGACCAAGCGAUUGUAUUUGUUCGGGCAAAGCGACCCAAUUCCAUUCAAACUCGAGGACAGCUACUAUGUGUAAGGGAAUUUACUCAGUUUCUGAUUCCUCUUCGCAAUGUGUUCUCUUGCUGUGACCCCAAAGCCCAUGCUGUCACCUUAGCACAGUAUCUAAUUCGCCAGCGGCAUCUGCUUCAUGGUUAUGAAGCACGACUACUGAAACAUGUGCCAAAAAUUAUCCACCUCGUUUGCAAACUGCUAUUGGACUUAGCUGAGAACAGGCACAUGGUGACAGAAAUGGCAGCAGUACCCAGCCUCUCUGAUGAAAUUGAGAAGACCGUUUCUGAGAUGGUGACAAUGCAGCUGGGUACAGAGUUGCUGAGACACAACAAUGACACAUUGAACUCCUUCAGCCCUGCUGCAGUGGCGGCAGAUUUUGAGAAUCAGGAUGUGAUUCUCUCCAGUGAGCAAGAGUUUGACCUUCUUUGGAAGAGGCGGAAUGUCGAGUGCCUUCAGCCCCUCACUAGUUUGAAAAGGCGACUCAGCUACAGUGACUCGGAUUUAAAGUGGGCAGAGUCACUUCUGGAGCAAGGGGGCACUCCAUGGAUAGUGCCUGCCCAGGCCCUUCUUUGCCCUAACCCCAGGCAGCAGAAGCCCCUAAGCUACUGUCACACUUCACAGUCCCCACAGCCAGAUUUAAAUAAGGAAAUGCUGGUUCACAGUGCAUUUUCUUUCUGGCAUCAGGCUAAUUUUGGAGGCCUGGAAGGGCUCAAAGAUUACGGGUCACCAACUUUCCAUAGGAAGAAUAUUCCAAAGGAAGUACAGAGAAGCAGAACCUUCUCUUCAGGUAUUUCAGGGUCAUACAACCCUGUCACACCCAACAUUGCAAAUAUCCCCAAGGCACCAAACCAUUUUCCCCAGCAAGUACCCCGCUGUCUGUGUGAAGUCCAUGGUGGCUACAGCCCAGACUGUAUCAUGGAGGACAGGGGGACUUGCCACAGCCCUGUGGACUGUGGCUUAGGCCCCAAAGCACAGUUCUCGGUUGGACCUGAAACCCAGGGCAGCGAAGAUCUGUCUGAAGUGACCCUACAUACUGCUUUGCAGUCGGAAUUGAGCGUUGAAGCACGGCGAAUACUGGCCGCCAAAGCCCUGGCAAAUUUCAGUGAAUUUGCAGAGAAGGAGGAAGUGAAAAGGAAGGUAGAAAUGUGGCAGAAAGAACUAAAUUCCCGAGAUGGAGCUUGGGAAAGAAUAUGUGGUGAAAGAGACCCUGUUACCCUGUGCAGUUUGAUGUGGUCUUGGGUGGAGCAGCUGAAGGAGCCUGUGAUAACCAAAGCAGACGUGGACAUGUUGGUGGGCAGGCACGCGGAAGCCGCCGAAGCGCUGUUUUUGCUGGAGAAGGGCCAGCACCAGACUAUACUCUGUGUGUUGCAUUGCAUCGUGAGCCUGCAGAUGAUUCCUGCAGAUGUGGAAGAAGCAGUCCUCACCCGCGCCAUUAAAGCUUUCACUAAGGUUAAUUUUGAUUCUGAAAAUGGACCAGUAGUUUACAGCACCCUGAAGAAAAUAUUUAAACACACACUAGAAGAAAAAAGAAAAAUGACACAAGGUGGCCCGUGGCCUAGUGUUCAGUGAAGUGGACUCUCCCACUGAGGCAAUGAUUUCGGCAGGAAGAUCCAGAUGCCAUUUCUGCUCAUAGGUGAACAAGGUGACAUGUAGAGCCACUUCGUUUCAAAGCACUUUAUUUCAGAAGCUCUUGCUUCAUGCUAAGAAUGCUUGUUCCUGUUUGGAGCAAUUAUUUAUUUUAAAAUACCCUUGAGCUACAUUUUUGUGUUGAAAAAUUACCAUGAAGUUGGUGCCACUUUCUUUUAUUUAUUUAACUGAAUCAGUAUUGUGUUGAUAUUUUAAGUAUGCUGUGUUUACAUCCUUAUUAUUUUUGACAUUUUGGGAAAAGUUGUAACUCUUCUUUCCCAAACAAUUAUUUGCUGAUGGAACUCUUCUAGAAUUUUACCUAAUGGAUAAUUUUAGUAGUAAAACCUCAUUGUGUAUACGUCCCCCUGUUACAUGACCUAAGAAAGUCACCAAGUGUCUUAAACUGUUUUAUAUCUGUUAGUAAGAAGGCUAUUGAUACAUUUUUAAAGGAUUUUUAAGAAUUUGGACUUUACUUUCUUUUUAUAAAUGUGGCAGUGGGUUUCAAAGUGUAUUAUUUUUCAGAGUGAUUUAAUUUUACAUGAAAGAAUUGACUGAGGUGGUUAGGAUUUUUUAUACAUAGGAAGUUGACUUGUUCUUUGUGAGGCCUCCAGGUGACCUUGCUGACCAGUGCUGUCACAGGAGGCAGGAGCAGGUCCCAGCUACAAGCCCUGCUCCCACUCCCCUAGGCUGCUGCUGAGCCAAGCAGCAUCUCGACAGAGGAAGUGAGCUCAGUUGCCCCGCAGGGAGGGAAGCUGCUCAGAGGCAGGGCUCCACAGAAAGGAUGGUCUCUCGGGAGCAGCUCUGUAACUGCUGUUUUCAGGCUGCAGGACAUGGUGGUGUGAGAGCCCCACCUCUCCCAAACUGCCCUUCCAUGCACCCAGUUGCCUCAGGGCCCUAUCUUUGGCUGCUUUUUUUUACUAUUACAAUUAAGAUUUUUAAAAAUUAGUUUGACCUGUGUAGGUUGUGUUCACCCUACUGAUAAGAAUAGGUAAGAAGUAAACCUAAACUAGUUCCUUGUAGAUCAGACUCAGCACUUGAAGCCACACUAUUAUUUAAAGGAAUGAGAGGGGCACCAGAGGCCACGUUGCAGGGAGAAUAGUAGUAUUUCCCAAGAAAAGUGACACUAAUCAAACCAAUUUUAAACUAAAGCUACUACUUAAAUCUUAAAGAUGGAAUUCCAGGGGAAGCUAGACUAAUUUACAGCAAAUAAAAUUUCCCCCAGCACUUGCAUUCUGACAAGCUCUAGCACAUCAAAACCAGUCCAGUCAUUAGCAUCCUUGCUGACUUUAGUGGCAAAUGCCAUUUCCUCCCACACUGAAUUUUCUUAGGAAGUCACAUCCAAUAAAUUUUAAUGAAGUGGGUUGCCCAUUCCUUAAAUUUCUCAUUUUCAGUGCCUGAGCUAGGAAAGAUGGGAGAAAACAAUGACAUUUUAUCUAAAUAAUGACAUUUUAUGACAAAUCCACUGUCAUUUAUAAUGACAUUAUAAGAGUAUGAUUUUCACCUGAAAAGAUGUUCAUCCUUAACCUCUGUCAGGCUCACGUGGACAGGUACCACCAAAGCUCAUUUCACAAGUGGCUGUUGUCCUGUGCAUCUGAACCUAUGGUUUCAACUUAAGAGGAUAGAUGCUGCACAGCCACAUUUGUCCACUGCAUGUGCAUCUACAGUCUUGACCAGCCUGGAAAGAGAGCUGGUAGAGAUGUUAAUCAGGUUGUAUACAAGCUUUAUAUUUAUUUGAAUAAAAGUUAAAAGAACA